AUGGCCGAAGCUCUGCAGAUUGUGUCUGUGUCUGACAGCGAUCACAAGCCUAAGCGACCCAGGAAAUCCUACAACCCCUUGGACAGCGUGCAGUACUUUUUUGACACAGAGGUGGCUCCGAUUUCGGAGCAGCAGCGCGCAGAGACUGAAGAGGACUUCUUUCUACGAGCCUGUCGAUGGUGGAUGGACAAGCAAGAGCAGCAGCUGGGAAAAUUGUCGUCACCGUAUACCACGAAGUCAGAUCGCAGGGCCACUUGUAUUUGUGUUGAGUGCAGCAACUGUUACUCGAGGAAAGGAAAGAGCUUCCAGCUCAGAGGCACUGUGGCUUGGUCCGGUCGGCGUGUUGCUGUGCAUCUCGACAUAUCCGUUGCUGGCAGCUGCAGCGGCACCCCUCGGAAGCUCCGUGCGGAUGCCACAUCUGCAUCGCCAGCAAAAGCACGUGCGGCGAAACUGGCUGGUGCUUCCAAGAUGAAUGCCCGAUCCAUCCGCUACUUCGUAUGGUCCAAGAACAAGCAGCUUCUGCUGAAGGAUGGACAGGCAGACUGGGAUGCUUUCAUCGAGGGCCACAAGGAUCCUGCUGGUUUGCUGCUCUUUACAACGGCGAAGCCAGGUGGCUCGUACAUUUGCCUGUUCCCACCGGUGUUGGAUGAGCUGCAGCUGCUCCGCCAGCAGGGGUACUUGACAAAGGUCCUGCUUGCCAGCGACGCAACAUUCAAUUUGGAACGGGACGAGUGGACUUACACAGUCGUCACGGCGGCUGUGUACCGCUGUCUGGAUCAUCGCUGGAGGAAGAGCGGCUUGUUCUUGGGAAUGGCCCGCCACAACCGGGAGCUUGGGGCCGUUCACCAGCGGGCUUUGCAAGCGGUGCACGCCGCACUACAAGAGCGAAACCUUCCUACUGCUUGUCAGCUCCAUACAGAUUGGUUUCCGGGAAUGAAAGAAGCUGGACGGGCAGUGGCAGCGUCCAUGAAAUACAUUCCCGGGAUCGAACAUUUGCUCCGUAACGUCUCCAAGAGUCGGAAUGGGGGUGAGAUGCUGAGAGUGCCACGCCUGAAGGCCAGACCCCUGCAUGUCGUGGCAUCCACCGUGCACACUUUGGCUUUGCUUCCUACGCUUUCCCUGCGCAUCAUCGCCUUGAGAGUCUGGCUGGCGAGAGUGGCCGAUGCUGACGGCUGGAGUGAGCCGGAGUGGUGCGAGUAUUUUCGCAAGCAACAUUGCUACACAGCAACCCUCCAGGCAGACAAAUAUGGGCAGGCGGAGUGUCUGGCCACAAGGUGGUGGUAUGGCCACAUGUCCACCAUCAUUCCAGGACAUCCUCCUUCGCAACAGCAAGCCGAGCAAAGUCACAGGGCACUGAAGCGGGCCAUCUCCAACAGCCCGACCAGGACUGCCAUUGAUGUGUUGAAGACUGCGAAGGAAGCAGUGGGUCUCUGGAGGGAAAGAACGACGCUGGAGAGCAGUUACAACCUCUUCACCCCAGCAGGCUACACCAGUACGGUUCCCCUGAACCCAGAUGCUUGGAUGGAGGACGCUCGGCGCCGUCCAGGCACCAUUGUGCAAAAAUCUCGAUCUCGAGGCAGCGGCCGGUACUUCUUCAUGAAAUGCGGCGUUCCCGAGGAGCUGGACGAGGGUGGGGCUCUGGUUGACCAGAAGAUGCUGUUCAAGAAGCUCCGCGAGGACUGGAUCGACUUGUGCUUCGUGGCGCACGUACAGCGUGGGGCAGGCAAG